UUCCCACACGUGUGCUGAGGUUCGCCUCGUCAAUCUCUCGGCGCACAGAUCGCCAUCCGUGGCGUCCAUCUUCGUCCUCCCUCUCACGUGAGAAACUGCCUCCCUCCCUCUCUCUCUCUCUCACUCUCUCAAUGGCACUUCUCUUCCUUCUCCUCCUCCCUCUCUCUCUCCUCCUCCUCCUCUCCUUCCUCGUCCGCCCCCGGCCAACCAAGAUCCCAAUCAAGAGCCGCCACGUCUUCAUCACUGGCGGAUCCAGCGGCAUCGGCCUAGCUCUCGCCCACCGCGCCGCCGCGGAGGGCGCCCGCGUCUCCAUCCUCGCCCGGAGCCCCGGCAAGCUCGAAGAAGCCCGGGACUCCAUCCGCCUCGCCACCGGCGUCGACGUUGCCACCUUCAGCGCCGAUGUCAGGGACUUCGACGCAGUGCGGCAGGCCGUCGAUGCGGCGGGCCCCAUCGAUGUCCUAGUCUGCAACCACGGGGUGUUCGUUGCUCAAGAAUUGGAGAAGCAGGAUGUGGAUGGGGUCAAAUUCAUGAUCGACGUGAAUUUGAUGGGGACAUUCCAUUUGAUAAAGGCUGCACUGCCGGGGAUGAAGAAUAGGGCCGGUCGUGGGCCCGGCUCGAUUGUUCUUAUGUCAUCACAGGCGGGACAGGUGGGCGUUUAUGGUUAUACAGCUUAUUCAGCCAGUAAAUUUGGCCUUCGUGGAUUGGGAGAGGCAUUGCAGCAGGAGGUCAUUGCUGAUGAUAUUCACAUUUCCCUAGUAUUCCCUCCAGAUACAGAUACCCCCGGUUUCGUGGAAGAAAUGAAGGUAAGACCAGAGGUCACCAAUAUCAUAGCAGCCUCUUCUGGUGCAAUGAAGGCUGAUGAAGUUGCUGAUAAAACUCUAAAUGGCAUAAAAUCUGGAAGCUUUAUCAUCACAUGCAACUUUGAUGGAAUCAUGCUGUCUGUUGCGACUGCCGGUUUGUCUCCUCAGAGAUCAUACCUGAUGGCAUUUUUUGAGGUGCUUGCUGCUGGUUUUAUGCGCAUUGUUGCUCUAUGUUUUCAGUGGAAUUGGUAUGGAAUCAUAGAAAGGAGGCAGAAACAAAAGAACAGCCAAAAGCAGCAGGACCCGCCAAGGCCGAAACCAUUAUGACCCUUUCAGCUUCGGAUGAAAGCAUCGGUGGGCACAUGGAUUCAUCCUGAGACUCCUGAGACGUACAAGAUGAUGGUCUGUUCUUCUCCUGUGCAACUGAGAUUUCAGUGAGUUUUAUUCCCUGAUUCAAGCCCUCUGCAUGUUGAAUGUUGGUGUCACUUCUUUCUAAUAUUUUAAAAUGUAAUUGUAAUGGAUUUUCUCUGUUUUUUUUUUUCCCCCCCGUCUUUUGCUUUUCUUUGCCCAGUUCUUUUAGAACUAAAAUUAACAUUAUUUUUCUUUCUUUUUGCCUUUUUCUGUUUUUCCUUUCGGAAUCUGUGAAGAGCUAAGGGCAUUAUGUCGUGUCUCUAAUUGAGUAUGAAGGAAAGAAUGAAAAGGUGUUGCAACCCUA